CAGUUAACUGAGUUCGUGAAGUGAAAUUAGUGUUGUGAAAAUAUCGCUGCGAUUGCGUUUCUUCACAUCGAAAUGUCAUAAAGCGUUGGUUAAUCAGCGCAACGCAUCUUUGUAAAAAUACAAUAGCAUCAUUAAAAUUGUGAACAAAAUUUGCUGAACAGUGGUAUCAAAUUAGAUAUACAUAUAUUUAACUGAAGGUAGACAUUUCAGAAUAUUACGCUGCCUCUUGGAUGCGGCAGCGUAUCUUGUUCAUUGGCUGUUUCGAGUGUGUAACAGCAGCCUACGUUUUCUGCAAUAUUAAACUGAUCAAUUUGUCUUUCCUUGUGUGCGGUUGAACGACUGAGAGCCAAAUUGCUUCUAAAUAGGUGGAUAUUUGCAAUUUUCGUAAAAAUUAAAAUACAUGCGAAGGAAGAAUGCGCGUUGGUAAGAAAGCUACCGUCGUGGAGGCGAAGAAAACGCGCUCUUGUGUCGUGCGAUUGGAAAAAGUUUCGUCUCCACCAAUAAAAAUAACUAGAAGUAGUGGGAUAAGUCCACGUGGAAACAUACAAAUACUCUCAGAUGAGAAAAAGUUCAAAGGGCCUUUGAAGAAGCGGCCAAUUGCUCAUAGCAGUAGCGCAGCAGCAUCCGGAAGUUCUACUACUCCUAAAUCUUCUCUGACAACAAAAGCCAAAGAGAUGAAGGAUAAAUUUAAAACUCCUGUGAAAGUUGUGAAAGUUCAGAAAACUGAAAUAGCUAAAGUUGUUGUGCCGGAACCACCUCCAUCCACCAUAGCCACCGGCCGCUCAAGAAGAGCAAUUAAGCCGAACCCUAAAUAUGCAAGCGAAGAUAUGGUCACUCCAAAGAUAAUAAGAAACGUAUCGGCUCUUGCUGGAACAUCAUCCAAAAGACCAUUAGCUCUUCCGGGGAAAACCCGUAAAAAGUCAACAAGUAGCUCAGAAGAUUUCUUUAAUAAAGACUCUAGCGACGAUUUUGGUCCCAAUGAUCUGGAUGAUGAGUUAGAUGAAAUGUACAAGGAAAUACAAAAGGAGUCAGAUUCCGAUUUCUCAGAUGACGGUUUAAUGAAAGAAACACCGUUAAAAAGGCGUGCUAGAUCACGGAAAAAUAUGGAGGCCACACCGACAAGCACACCACAAUCAACACCGCGACCAACGCCCCGACCAACGCCACGACCAACGCCACGGCCCACGUCAACGCCACGGCCCACGUCAACGCCACGGCCCACGUCAACGCCACGGCCCACAGCAACGCCCGUGCAUAAAGCCCAAGUAUCGCAGCUACAAUUGCUACGGAAAUCGUUUGCAGCCAGCGUGAAUCGCUCGAUUGAGCCAUUAGCAGGAAUCAAACGCGCCCGUAAUGACUCUGUGACCGGUGGCAGCAGCAGUGAUAAUGACGCCCAAGCAGCAAGUGUUGCUCGCAAACGAUUCUUGUUAACAAAGUCGGCGACUGAACGUGACAACAAAAAAUUAAGUACUAAUGACAUUACAAUGAUAGUGCGAAAGGCGAAUCAAACGCUCAAUGGCAGCAAAAUAACGAAAAUAAAACCAGAAAUUAUGAAUAAAGAACAACCAAAGCGCAAUGCAUCCAUUAUUGAAAAACGUACACUUAUCGAUGGCAAUAGCGUCUCAAUCAGAUUGCAGCAGCAAACUAAAUCUCUUCAGACGAUACGUAACGCUAGUAAUACUGCUCCACCAUCAACAACCGCAACGCGCACUUUGAUAACAAUGCCAGCCAAAACACAAAAUACUCGUGUUUUAGCCGUGGCAAAGCGUCGAAGCGCAUCGCCUGCUCCCCCAAAGGUAGCAAAAGUAGUCAAUGUGGAGGAAGCUCCUGAAAGCAAGCCAGUGCAUGUUCCUCCGAUGACUGUGGAUGACUUCGAGACAAUGCCCACAUUUACAAUCGUAAACAUCAAUGAUAUAAUUAAUAAAAAAGGGGAUGUAUUAAUUUCAAAGACUGGCAAGCCGCAAAAGCCAGAUGAGAGUAUGAAAGUGGAUUACGACUUACCAGAGCAAGGCAACGUAAGUGAACAGAAAGCAGGCCCUGGCCGCCGCAAACUUUUGGUUACAGAUAAGGCCAGCGAAGUGACUCGUUCAAAGAGCCCUUUAACGACAACAAGGAAACCAGCACAGAAAAUCCUCAAUCAUACACUACUUAAAAGGUCAUCACCAUCGGAGAGUGUUGGACAAAGAAGCAAAGUUAACUCUAGCAUUUCACCUGAUAAACCAGCGCCUCGAAUACUCAAUUCAAUGGUGGCGAAAAAAACUCAGCCGGUUAAGCCGAUGAUUGCUAAUUUUGAGGAUUCGGCAGAUGAUGAAACUUAUCCACUAUCUCUUGACGGUGAUGACGAAGACAAUGAGGAAGACGAAAACGAAAACGAUGUAAAUGAUACAGUCGAAGCGGAGGAAGAUGAGUAUGAUCCGGACGAUCCUUUUGAGACUAGUAAGCAUAAGCCUCCUACCAGCACUCCAUACCAAGCAAAGAAACCGACGCCGCCAGCAAAAGAGAAUUCACUAACAGCACUUAAUCGGAAGCCAGCAAAAAAUGCAGUACAGCGAAAACCCUCACCGGAAAAAGUGGUGAUAUCACGUCAGGGAGAUAAAAUUAUAAAAAAGAUAACCUGUUUUGAAACGUGGUAUGUCAUCAUGUCCGAAGAAGAAGCGCCAAAAGUAACCCGGAACAUACUCGAUUUACCACUCAUCAAAUUGGCCAACGCAGCGAGCCAUAUCAAACUACCAACCGAAAAUUGGAAGAGUAAAGUAACUCUGCAUGAAUUAUCACCAACACUGAUCGCCAAAUCCAAACUGAUCACCUAUACGGGCGACAUAAGUGAAUAUAACAUCGCAGAACAGGAUCGUGGUCGCUAUCAACCCUCCUGCGUUAUGUUUCGUCGAUCAGUAAAUGAUCGUACGAAAUCGCGACUUCCUUACGAUAGGGCGGUCAUAUUCAAGAAUAGGACUUUCUUCACCAAUAUUGAAGGCAAAAAUGUUAAAUUGGUCGGGGCACCCAGUACGGUCAAUUCAGCGAAGGAUGUAGAAAUAAUGCUACAAAUAGUGGAUUCAUUAACAUUGCAAAGUUCAUUUGUUGAGCCAGCAAACACAAUCCAAUAGGCAAAGUUGUCAAAGGAACAACGGCACAAUGCAGAAAUUCAGUACACAUUUUGUAUGUAUAUCCAGGACCAUAUUAUAUCUACUUUAAUUCGUAAUAAAUUAAAAUUUAAACUUAAGUUAUAAAACAAAAAACACGUAAACGAGAAGCUCCAGCGAGAUUCCAACUUCAUAAACUGUAAUUGAAUUACUUAGGUAUGUUUGAAACAAAAAAACAAAAAAUAAUAAUCAUUAGGUUACUGGAGUCUAGGAAAGUCGAUUAACAUUUUUUGCAAUACCAUUAAAAGUUCAAAUUCGUACUGUGCAAAUUUGUUAUAAAUUUUGUCAUGGUAAAAAAUGUUGCUCAGGCUUCCUAAGUUACAGUGGCGGUACAUACAUUUGUAUGUAAUUACUGUAUGUAUAAAACAUCAUUUACAUAAAUUCGUUAUUAAGUGCAGACCAAUUUACAUUUAUAGAAAGUCACUUAAAUACGAAAUCGCGCUAGCACGUAGGUGUUGAGAACCGUAUACUUCACGACCAAUUUAUCUAAUUUCAUAGCAUACUUGCAUAGAUGCAUAUUAUAAUAUUAACGAUAACUAUACAAUAUAGAUAUGUGUAUGUAUGUAUAUAUCCCAAUUCAUAUACAUAUAAUAUACAUAUACAUAUUUGUAAAGUAAUUCAAUAGUGGUGAAUUAGUGUGAAAAAGAAAUAACAUCUCUCAACUUUGUUAACAUAAUUAUGGUUAUUUUAAGUUACGUAUGUAUCUAUUAAGUAUUUUAUCGUAGACAUUAAAGGCCUACUUAAAUCUUAUUUAUACAAUUCUAAACGAAAAAACAAGCAGUUGGUAAAUAAACCACUUUUUUAUGUUUAUAUAAAAGUUUUACUUUCAUGUAUAAAACUCUGAUAAAGGUGAAGUUGAUAAAGGUGAAGUAUGAUUGCUUUUGUUUUAUUAAAAUAUAUCUUUUGAAUUUUAAAAUCAGUUAUUGAUAUGCAAAUAGUUUUUGAGAAGACCAUAACAAAUGCACCCUUUUAAAUAUGUAUUGGAACAUCAGUUACAAGCAAAUAUUUGUAAAAUCUAUAUUGUCUUAAACUCAAUGCCUUUAAGGAUAACUAACAUAUAUAUUUCCUUAAUUGAUUGCGUACUAGAAAAUGUAAGUUACUUUGAUUUGCCAAUAAAGAAAUAUCGCAAUAAAAAAA